UUCCCAAACAACGGUGAUCCCCCUUCUCACUCGGCUCAUACUCCUCCAAGUCGCACAAGACAACAGUUGACUUUGAGUUAUUCCUCGGCGACGCAACCGCCGUCUCCGAUUCCAAGAGUACGUAGGAAUUUUCGGAGGCAUCCGACAAAGAUUGCCAUCACCCCUGAGUCAGCCAUCGCCGACGAACGCGAAGAAAUGGAGCGUCCUGGAGAAGACAUCGCGGCAAUGCAUUUCACGCGCCACAUUGUGACUUUCGACGCUGAUGAGCUAGCAUCGUACAAUGCCAAGAUGGAGGAGUUGACGGCCAUUCGAGCUGAACGUAUUCAGCAUUCAAGACGUAUGAAGAACGUUGCGCCGGGUCGGGAUACCAUCGACGAGCUGGUGAAGGCCAACAAAUUCAAGCCGGGCUCCAGGUUUGAGGAAGCGGUUCUCAUCUCUACGUACCAGGCGGGCGCUCCCAUGAUCAACAUCCCUACUCACGUGGUUGAGGACCAAUACACCGAUGCCCUUGUCCUGCUCCAGAAGCUGAAGGAGGAUGGCGGUGUGGCGGGGAGAUACCGCAAGGAGCCCCAUGACACGCCUGAGAAGGUGUUGUCCCAUCUUCUCCAUGGCUCUCCCGUAUUCCGCUUUCUCGUGCUGGAGAUUCACCGCAUUCUCGACCAUCCUCCGCUGGACAAGAAAGACAAGGUGAUGAUCUUAUUCUACGUUCCCAAAGUCGCGCACUGCUUCUUUACCAUCGCCGCCUUCAUGGGCGUUCCCUGCGCCCUGCUCACUAGCCGCCAAACCCCCAAGGAGCGCUCCGACAUCAUCAAGGACUUCAACGAGACGGACGAGGUCAAGGUGCUUAUUGCGACGUAUGAAAUCCAGCUGGCUGGCUUCGACUGUCACCUCCGCUGUGCCCAAGUCAUCUGUGCGGAGCCCGCCAUGAGUGCCUCACAGGAAGCUCAAGCACUCAUGUGUGUGCAUCGCGCGGGCCAGCAAAUGGUGACUCGCAUUCACCAAAAAUGCUCUUUCAUGGACGGCUUGCAUGCGGAGCUGGUGAAACAUGGUAUGGAGUACCCCAGCGAGGAGAUCGGCGAGGGAAAUUAGGAGCGACACGAUUGACGGCGACAUGAGGUGGAGGUCGUCCAGGCAGAAGGCCCGUUGAGAGCGAAGGAGAGACUGUUGGAUAGGCGCGGCGACAGAUGGGCUGUCGGGGCGCGAAAUGGGCAAUCAUCCGCAGGAGCUACAUAUGGAUCGUAGAAUACGGCCACCGUAGCGGCAGAGAGUUUAACUGAUU